AUGAGUAUAAAGGCAUCGAGAACGACAGGCAAGCUUUCAGCACGACAACAAAACACAAUCAACAGUCAAUCCUGCUUGUAUUGUACGUUAACGAUAGUCAUUAAGAUACACGCUUAUUUCCAAUGUGAAGACAUCAGUUUUAUCUUACAAAAAUCUGUAAUACCAUCAUAUUUCAUUUUACAUCCUGCCACUUGUUCUCAAGACAAUAUCUCUAAUGUUUCAGUUGACCCUGAGACCCUAACUUGA